CGAUCCCCCAGAUGCUCCGCAUCCUUUAGCCACUCGUCUCCGUCUCUUUCGUCCCGUCGUCGCAUAUGCGCAUGCGCUGCGUGUGAUAUCUGUUCGUCAGGGUCAUCGCUAAUUUCUCUGGGCGCUGGGACAUGCAAGGUAGGGACCCUCGGUGACGAAACGGUCCUGUGAUAGGGUCACUUUGACCCCUCCGCUGCUAGCUUAUUUAACUCGGGUCUCCCCGAGGUAUCUUUUCAUUUUCAAUACCCUUCGUUAAACUUGUCGAGAGAUCCCCCUUUCGUCGGAAACUCCAAAUCGUACCCUCUCGUCUUCGAUUAAAUCUACCUGACCACCACGGAGCAUCUCACGGUUGCAAGACGCGCUUGGAGGAACAAGGCCAUUUGGACGUCAUAGAUCCAAGUGAUCUGCUGCAGACAAAAUGGCAAUGAACUACGUCACUUUCAACCAGGACUACAGCUAUUUGGCUGUAGCAACCUCGAAAGGCUUUCGGGUCUUUACGACGGAACCGUUCGCCAAAAGCUAUGAAACGAAGGAAGGGAACAUCGCAAUAAUAGAAAUGCUUUUCUCGACGUCCCUUGUUGCGCUCAUAUUGUCGCCGCGUCGUCUUCAGAUCACUAAUACCAAGCGCCAAUCUACGAUAUGCGAGUUGACGUUCCCAACCACCGUAUUAGCAGUCAAACUGAACCGCAAGCGGCUGGUGAUUGUUUUGGAGGAUCAGAUCUACCUCUAUGAUAUCCAAACUAUGAAGCUGCUAUAUGCCAUUGAAACAUCGCCAAAUCCCAACGCGAUCUGCGCUCUUUCUCCGUCCUCCGACAACUGCUACCUCGCAUAUCCGCUGCCUCAAAAGGCGCCAACCGCAUCGUUCAAUCCUCCGUCCCAUGCCCCUCCUGGAACGACACAUGUCUCUCCGACAAGCGGCGAAGUCAUGAUUUUUGAUACUGUGAAGCUGGAAGCCAUCAAUGUUAUUGAAGCCCAUCGGUCACCGCUCGCCUGCAUCACGCUCAAUGGUGACGGCACCCUUAUCGCCACGGCGUCGGACAAGGGAACCAUUAUCCGGGUGUUCUCCGUCCCUGACGGUCACAAGCUCUAUCAAUUUCGACGAGGCUCGAUACCUUCCCGGAUUUACAGCAUGUCUUUCAACACAACAUCUACGCUCCUAUGCGUGUCCUCUUCGACAGAAACGAUACAUUUGUUCAAACUGAGUCACCAAAACCAGAAUUUGGAGGGCUCGCCUUCGUCGUCCUCCCCCACGGGUCGGGAAAGGACUCUGAGUCAAAGCUCGCUUGGGAAUUCUCCAGAUGCAGACGACCUACCUGGAGAUGGAGACUCCUCGGAAUUGCCCUCUAGGAAGCAUAACGGGACUCUCAUGGGAAUGAUUCGUCGGACUUCGCAAAACGUCGGCAGUUCAUUUGCUGCUAGGGUGGGCGGCUACCUCCCCAAAGGAGUGAGUGAAAUGUGGGAACCCGCGCGGGAUUUCGCCUGGAUCAAGCUUCCCAAAUCAAACCAAGGGGCCGGAGCAAAUGGAAACGCCGGUCCACUCAGAAGCGUUGUUGCAAUGAGUAGCAACAUGCCCCAGGUCAUGGUGGUGACUAGCGAUGGCAACUUCUAUGUUUUCAGCAUUGAUCUUUCCAAGGGAGGCGAAGGCACUCUGACAAAACAAUACUCGGUGCUUGAUUCCAACGACAGGCUUGGAUAUUCUGUCACAGAUUAUUGACCGCAUUUCCUUGCUGCUCAUUUAGCGCUUACGCUCGUUAUGAUCUAUCUCCAUAAUUAUAUAAAUUCAUUGUUGCCAGCGACGGUUUUCUUUCUUCCUCUUCUUGUCCGGCGUCCCUGACAUACUACAUUCGGUGGCGGCUGUUUUAACAUUUUUAUUCGAGACACUCGCCUCUAUCCAGAUCUCAAACGAUAAUAGCUCACCUAUUCUCCAAUUUCAUGAUCCACCAGUCUACUAGAUUCCUACCACGUUCCCAUACUUCUU